GGCGCUAGUUCCAUGACUGUGGUUCUCCAACCCGAAGAAAGUGGAGAAGUAGAAGAUCCCAGACAGUGCUGGGGGAAACAGGAGCUUAACUGUUGAAGACGAUGCUGCCAAAUGGAAUCAGCCAAACUGCUGGAAUCAAGAGGGAAUAAAUAGGAGAACAUGGCAUCCAGAACGAGCUCCACUACUCGACAAACGUCUUCUGCUACAUCUCACAGAGGAAUGAAGACAAAUGCAGACAAGGAGAGGCCUCACCACUGCUCGCAGUGUGGGAAGGGUUUUACUCAGCAGAGUGCUCUCCACCGACACCUUCGCAUUCACACAGGAGAAAAGCCAUAUUACUGUUCACAGUGUGGGAAGAGUUUCACUCGACAGAGUCACCUCCAGGAACACCAGCGCAUUCACACAGGAGAGAAGCCGUAUCACUGCUCGGAGUGUGGAAAGAGCUUUACUGUACAGAGUACUCUCAAAGAGCACCAGCGCAUUCACACAGGAGAGAAACCGUAUUGCUGCUCAGACUGCGGGAAGAGUUUUUCUCGACACAGUCAUCUCCAAGAGCACCUGCGGAUACACACAGGAGAGAAGCCAUAUCGCUGCUUGGAGUGCGGGAAGAGUUUUAAACAGCAGAGUACUCUUUAUCAACACCAGCGUGUCCACACAGGAGAGAAACCAUAUCACUGCUCAGAAUGUGGAAAGAGUUUUAAUCAGCAGAGCACUCUCCAAGAACACCUGCGCACUCACACAGGAGAGAAGCUUUAUCACUGCUCAGAGUGUGGGAAGAGGUUUAAUCGACAAAGUAGUCUCCAAGAACACCUGCGCAUUCACACAGGAGAGAAGCCGUAUUACUGCUCCGAGUGUAGCCGGAGUUUUAGACAUAUGUGUACUCUUAAGACACACAACUCUGUCCACACCUCUCAGAGACCUCACCACUGCUCAGAGUGUGGGAAGAGUUUUACUCAACAGAGCCAUCUCAAAACACACCAGCGCAUUCACACAGGAGAGAAGCCAUAUUGCUGCUCAGAGUGUGGAAAACGUUUUAACCACCAGAGUACUCUCCAGCGCCACCAGCGCAUUCACACUGGAGAGAAGCCAUAUCAAUGCUCAGACUGUGGGAGGACUUUUAAUCGACAGAGCACUCUCCAGCAACACCAGCGCAUUCACACGGGAGAGAAGCCUUUUCACUGUUCAGACUGUGGGAAGAGUUUUAAUCACCAGAGUACUCUUCAACAGCACCGCCGCACUCACACAGGAGAGAAGCCGUACCACUGCUCAGAGUGUGGGAAGAAUUUUACUAACCAGGGUCAUCUCCAGCAACACCAGCGCAUCCACACAGGAGAGAGGCCUUAUUACUGCUCGGAGUGUGGAAAGAGUUUUACUCAGCAGAGUAAUUUCCAGCAACACCAGCGCAUUCACACGGGAGAGAAACCGUAUCACUGCCCCAAGUGUGGGAAGACUUUUACUAAUAAGAGUCAUCUCCAACGACACCAGCACAGUCACAUAGGAGAGAAGCCUUACCUCUGCUCGGAAUGUGGGAAGUGUUUUACUCAACAGGGUACUCUCCAGCGACACCAUCGCAUUCACACUGGAGAGAAGCCGUAUUAUUGUUCAGACUGUGGAAAGAGUUUUACUCAGCAGAGUCAUCUCAAAAGACACCAGCGCAUUCACACUGGAGAGAAGCCGUUUCACUGUUCGGAGUGUGGGAACAGUUUCAAUCACCAGAAUACUCUCCAACGACAUCAGCGCAUUCACACAGGAGAGAAGCCGUAUCACUGCUCAAACUGCGGGAAGAGUUUUAAUCGGCAUAGUGUUCUCCUACAGCACCAGCGCAUUCACACGGGAGAGAGGCCAUAUCACUGCUCAUACUGUGGAAAGAGUUUUAAUCGACAGAGCACUCUUCAGCAACAUCAGCGCAUUCACACAGGAGAGAAGCCAUAUCACUGUUCAGACUGUGGGAAGAGAUUUACUAAUCAGAGUCAUCUCCAGCAGCACCAGCGCAUUCACACAGGAGAGAAACCGUAUUACUGCUCAGAGUGUGGGAAGAGUUUCAAUCAGCAGAGUCAUCUCCAGCGACACCACUGUCACCAGUGUGUUCACGCAGGAGAGAAGCCGUAUUGCUGCUCAGACUGUGGGAAGAACUUUUCUCUACAGAGCAUUCUUCACCGACACCAGCGCAUUCACACAGGAGAGAAGGCACAUCACUGCUCAGAGUGUGGAAAGAGUUUUCAUCGACAGAGUAAUCUCAAACAGCACCAGCGCAUUCACACAGGAGAAAGGCCGUACUUCUGCUCAGACUGUGGAAAGAGUUUUAAUCGAAAGAGUCGUCUCAAACAACACCAGCGCAUUCAUACUGGAGAGAAACCGUAUCAGUGUUCAGAGUGUGGCGCAAGUUUUACUCAACAGAGUACUCUCCUGCAGCACCAGCGCAUUCACACAGGAGAGAAGGUGUAUCACUGCUCAGAGUGUGGGAGGAGUUUUAAUCGUUACGGUACUCUCCAAGACCACCAGCGCAUUCACACAGGAGAGAAGCCGUAUCAGUGCUCUGAGUGUGGGCGGAGUUUUAGUCAGCAGAGUAAUCUCAGAGAGCACCAGCGCAUUCACACUGGAGAGAAACCGUAUUACUGCUCUGAAUGUGGGCGGAGCUUCAGGCACAUGAGUACAUUUAAGACACAUAAAUGCACUAACAGGGAGAUGAAUAAUCAUGAUAUGUGAGUUGGAUUAAAAAAAAAAUCCUUGUCAUGCUUAUUAUGUAAACAUGCAUUCUGUAACAUGAUUUAAAAUAAUAAAAUGAACUUACCCAAAA